AUGUCUGACUAUAAAAGAUUAGAGAUAUCUGAGGUCAUUUAUGAGUGUGUGAGGAGGACUGAACCUCAGGACAUGAACAGAGAGAGUGUAGAGUUGAUGCUGGAUAUCGGUUACAGUAUUGAUCAUGACUUCAGGACAGAGACAAACACACACCAACCACUUCAGCAGACAGGAAGUGAUACUGUGAGGAACAGAAGCUCCAGAGCCGCUGCAGUGUGUUUGGUGUCGCUGUGUGUUCUUCUGCUGACUGCAGUCAUAGUGCUGUGUGUUCACAUCCAUACAAAGAGCACAAACUACACAGAAGAGAGAGAUCGGCAUGGAUGGAUUUACUAUAAAUGCCAUUCUUACUUCAUGUCCUCUAUGAAGAAGAACUGGACUGAGAGCAGAAGAUACUGUACAGAGAGAGGAGCUGAUCUGAUCAUCAUAAACAACAGAGAGGAACAAGGAUUUGUUAAGAACAUUUCUGGUGAUGCCUAUGUCUGGAUUGGUCUGACUGACAGUGAUGUGGAGGGCACAUGGAAAUGGGUUGAUGGAAGCACACUGAGCUCUGGGUUCUGGGCGUCUGGAGAGCCUGGUGGACAUGUAAAAGAGAACUGUGCUCUAACUCAUUCAUCAGGACGGGCUGAUUAUCCAUGUAAAGCUAAUUAUCAAUGGAUCUGUGAGAAAACCAUUAAAACAAGUCAUUAA